AUGUACUUCAAGGUAAUUUGCUUGCUAUCAGCAGUCGUCGCCUUAGCUUCUGGCUACGGGCACUCGUCGCAGUACAUCCACCGCCACGACGGCCACCACCAGCCUUUGCACCACGGACACCACCACGACUACUACACUCACCCCAAGUACGAGUUCGAGUACAAGGUGGAGGACUCGCACACCGGCGACCACAAGUCGCAGCACGAGCACCGCGACGGUGACGUCGUCAAGGGACACUACUCGCUGCACGAACCUGACGGCUCCGUCAGGGACGUGCACUACCACGCUGAUCAUCACUCCGGUUUCCACGCGGAUGUGAAGCACAGCACCCACCACGUCGUGCCUCACCAUCAUUACUAA